AGAAAUGGUAGAUGGUUACCGGUUAGUCUCUCUUUCUCUGUGUCUCGUUUUUCAUUCUGCUUCGUCGUCGUCUUCUUCACUUGCAGCUUCUGCCUUUGUAAGUCCUCACAGUUUUGUUGUCCUCAACCCUAAUUCCCCUUCUGCAAGUUAUCUCGGUCAGUAACUUAGUCAAUUUUGUAUCGUGGACGUUGAGAAAUCGAAGAACGCAUAACAGCUCCCUUGGCUAGAUGAAAUUUAUCUCUCUCCUCAUCACCCAGCCAGUGCAUGACCCAACAUGCUUCCUCUAAUUCCUCCAAUGGAUGUUGGAACCCUUCAUGCUUAGCGAAGAGCCCGAAAAGAUGAAUAUACUAUGUGAUCACUUUUGACAAAACUGAUAUAACAGAAAACAAGAUGAAGGAGAAGAAUUUUCGCAAAAGGAGCACAGCUGAAUCAGGGGAAGACUCUGUUCAUAACAGCAAAAGCGAUUCAGAUGAUGACCAAGAAAGGAGAUUGGUGCUAGAGGAGGUGAAGUUCCUUCAGAAACAGAGGGAGAAAAAGUCAGGAAUUCCAGCCAUCUCUAUGACAACUCAGGUGGGUGGGGCUAGCAACGGCAACAGUGGUGGUUUGAUCCGGAAAGGAAAUGACAAGACUGAUGGGGAUGGGGAGAAGGAUGACUUGGUUUUGCAGGAUACUUUUGCUCAGGAAACUGCUGUGAUGGUUGAAGACCCUAAUAUGUUGAGAUAUGUUGAACAAGAAUUGGCGAAGAAAAGAGGCAGGAAUAUUGGUGUAGAGAAUGAAGUUGAGACUGAUAUAAAACGUGCAGAAGAUGAACUCUAUGAAAUUCCAGAGCACCUUAAAGUUAAGAGGCGAAAUUCAGAGGAAAGCUCUACGCAGUGGACUACUGGUAUUGCCGAGGUUCAGCUUCCCAUGGAAUACAAAUUGAGGAAUAUUGAGGAAACUGAGGUUGCCAAAAAGCUCUUACAAGAAAAAAGGCUCAUGGGUCGCACCAAAACUGACUCUAGUAUUCCCUCAAGUUACAGUGCAGAUUACUUGCAACGUGGGAAGGACUAUGCCAAGAAGCUUAGGAGAGAACAUCCAGAGUUGUACAAAGACAAGGAUCUAAAGAAAAGCGAUCAGGAGUCUAGACCGGUGGAAUCAGGUGCGGAGGCAGCAGUUCAAAGACAGGCUGCCACGGAUGAGUUCAUGCUUGAGCGGUUCCGAAGGCGAGAACGGCACCGUGUAAUGCGUAGAUAGAAUAAUGUCUUUGAACUACAAAAUCCCAGCCGGUCCUUUAUAUGGUUGCUUCCCAUAUUUGUUGCAUACUGUCUAGUUGUGGUCUAUUUAGAACUGAAUAGUGUGAAUUUCCAGAACCGAAAUGUGGGUGGGAUUUCAAGUUAAAGCACAAUUAAUUGAUAGUUUUGAGAGCCAUUCAAUGUGAAUUUUCCGGGCGUAAUGUGAGUGUUCUUUGGCUGGCUUUAUUGUUGAACCGCAAUAGGGGUCAGCGGCAAAUUUUUGGAAAUUAUUUUUCACAAUUUAUACCAGUAACCUUUCCUUUGUUACUA